UCCUACCUCUGGUCAAAGUUGCGUGUGUGCGUGUGUGAGUGUGUGCUUUUUUGGCCCGUUUGUCCAAGGUGGUCGUCUUAGGGAGGUAUCUAGCGGGUGUGUGAGGGACCUUAUCACGCCACAAGCGUCCGUGUGCGCUCAGUUGUUGAGGAUGGUGUACCACAGAGGCGGGCGCAUCGCGCUCUUCAUCGCCAACUUCCUGGUGUUCGCGGGCACCGUCGCCAUCAACUACCUCUCUGUCUUCCCUCAGUAUGCUGGAGGGCUGUUCCACACCAUGCGAGGCUAUGCUACCACCUAUGGUCUGGGUGUGCCCCCACAAGGGUUCUUCGAGUCGACGGUUGGCAACUUGUCUGCGAAGUACGAGAUCGAUGUCACCCCAGCCGGCUUCACCUUCAUGAUCUGGUCGGUGAUCUAUAUCUGGCUCCUGCUGGCUCAUCUCUAUGCCUUGAUCCUGAUGUGUCGAAGGAACGCUGUGGGCCCCGUGUACACCAGUCCCUCGGUGCUCACCUCCUCCUUCCUGCUCACCUACACCUUCAACCUGAUGGCCAACGUGGCCUGGCUCUUCGUCUGGGACAAUGAGCUCAUCGUGUUCGCCUCCGCCCUGCUGUGGUUCAUCGUCCUCACCAACUGGAUGGCUUUUGGCAUGCUACACUACAGUGUGUACCGCCAUGGACCCUGGAUGUGCCAUCAUGCUAAGGUUGACCUCUGGAUGUACCGGGUCCUCUGGCACAACGGCAUGGCACUCUACACCACCUGGAGCACCAUCGCCGCCCUCCUCAACCUGGGCGUGGCCCUCAGGUAUGCUGCCGGUCUGGACAUGCAGUAUGUGGUGUAUGUGGUGCUCGGGGCCCUCUCCGGCAUAAUGAUCCUGUGGUUCGUCCUCGAGAACACCAUUCUUGACCGCUACGUUCGCUACACCAUUACUCCCUAUGCUGUGGUGAUCGUGGCUCUGGUCGGGAUCUACAUCAAGCAGUAUGCUGAGUCAACCACUGAGACCGGCUACUUCAUUGUGGUUCUGCUGGGCGUGGCGGUGUUCUGCUUCGUGGCUCGUCUGGGACUGGUGAUUGUCCGGGCCUGCAAGAACCCACUCUAUGUCAACAACAAGAUCGGCGACGAUCCUGUUCUGAGCUUUGCUGCAUGAUACUGGGGUUAUGUCGACCCUUCUGCCACUCAAGAUGUCGCUACGUACUCCAGCCUCUAGGACCACUGCUAUCUUCUCCAGCCUCUAGGACCACUGCUAUGUUCUCCAGCUUCUAGGAGCAUUACUAUGUUCUCCAGCCUCUAGGACCACUGCUAUCUUCUCCAGCCUCUAGGACCACUGCUAUCUUCUCCAGCCUCUAGGACCACUGCUAUGUUCUCCAGCCUCUAGGACCACUGCUAUGUUCUCCAGCCUCUAGGACCACUGCUAUGUUCUCCAGCUUCUAGGACCACUGCUAUGUUCUCCAGCUUCUAGGAGCAUUGCUAUGUUCUCCAGCUUCUAGGAGCAUUGCUAUGUUCUCCAGCUUCUAGGACCACUGCUAUGUUCUCCAGCUUCUAGGACCACUGCUAUCUUCUCCAGCUUCUAGGAGCAUUGCUAUGUUCUCCAGCUUCUAGGAGCAUUACUAUGUUCUCCAGCUUCUAGGACCACUGCUAUGUUCUCCAGCUUCUAGGAGCAUUACUAUGUUCUCCAGCUUCUAGGACCACUGCUAUGUUCUCCAGCUUCUAGGAGCAUUACUAUGUUCUCCAGCUUCUAGGAGCAUUACUAUGUUCUCCAGCUUCUAGGACCACUGCUAUGUUCUCCAGCUUCUAGGAGCAUUACUAUGUUCUCCAGCUUCUAGGAGCAUUACUAUGUUCUCCAGCUUCUAGGAGCAUUGCUAUGUUCUCCAGCUUCUGGGAGCAUUGCUACAUACUCCAGUACCUAGAAGCUUCCUUACAUACACAGCUUCUGGGAGCAUAGCUAUAUACUCCAGCUUCUGGGAGCAUUACUAUGUUCUCCAGCUUCUAGGAGCAUUGCUAUGUUCUCCAGCUUCUAGGAGCAUUGCUAUGUUCUCCAGCUUCUGGGAGCAUUACUAUGUUCUCCAGCUUCUAGGAGCAUUGCUAUGUUCUCCAGCUUCUAGGAGCAUUGCUAUGUUCUCCAGCUUCUAGGAGCAUUGCUAUGUUCUCCAGCUUCUAGAAGCAUUACUAUGUUCUCCAGCUUCUAGGAGCAUUACUAUGUUCUCCAGCUUCUAGGAGCAUUACUAUGUUCUCCAGCUUCUAGGAGCAUUACUAUGUUCUCCAGCUUCUAGGAGCAUUACUAUGUUCUCCAGCUUCUAGGAGCAUAGCUAUGUUCUCCAGCUUCUAGGAGCACUGCUAUGUUCUCCAGCUUCUAGGAGCACUGCUAUGUUCUCCAGCUUCUAGGAGCAUUGCUAUGUUCUCCAGCUUCUAGGAGCAUUGCUAUGUUCUCCAGCUUCUAGGACCACUGCUAUGUUCUCCAGCUUCUAGGAGCACUGCUAUGUUCUCCAGCUUCUAGGAGCACUGCUAUGUUCUCCAGCUUCUAGGAGCACUGCUAUGUUCUCCAGCUUCUAGGAGCAUUGCUAUGUUCUCCAGCUUCUAGGAGCAUUGCUAUGUUCUCCAGCUUCUAGGAGCACUGCUAUGUUCUCCAGCUUCUAGGAGCAUAGCUAUAUACUCCAGCUUCUGGGAGCAUAGCUAUAUACUCCAGCUUCUGGGAGCAUUGCUAUAUACUCCAGCUUCUGGGAGCAUAGCUAUAUACUCCAGCUUCUGGGAGCAUUGCUACAUACUCCAGCUUCUGGGAGCAUUGCUACAUGCUCCAGUACCUAGAAGCUUUCUUACAUACACAGCUUCUAGGAAAGAUGAUCACUUGUUUGCAGUUCAUAUAUUAUAAACAAUCCAUCCUGCCAAAAUAAUGAUUCUUAUAGCAACUAUUUCAUCAAACAAAAUUUACCAUGCAUGAUAAAUUUACAUGGUCAAUUUAUGCCUCCACAAGACAUGGAACCUUUUGGGGGUUUCCAGGGAUCAACGGGCCUGUGGCCCAGCCUCCGAGAGACCAUUACAACAGUGUUUCUGUUUUAUACUAUUAAUUUUGUAGAGGGCACAACAUAUAAGCCCUAAACCAAAUGAAGAUUCCUAGCACUAGUAUACAAAAUAUAUGUACUAUAAUAGCCAAAAAAAUUGUAUAUUUGGUCUUGUAUUGCUCGACAGGUUAGACAAGGGAAUUACAGACAUGGAAUAAAUUGUACAAUACUGGAAUGGAUAAAAGAAUGGUUCAAAUUAAGCAAGCCAAAAGGGUCGUGCCAAACGGAUAUAAAUCUCACGGGGACAAGUGUGGUGAGCGGGGCACCGCAAGGGUCCAUGUACCGUAGUAUCGAAAAAUGCAAGUCCUUGCAUGUGGGGCAAAAGUGCACAAAAAAGCUACAAAAAUGUAAAAUAUUACCUAGCAGCAGAUUGACGAAGUAAGGGAUUUUGAGGUGAGAAUCCGUCAGUGGCUGAAAGUGGCAAUUGAAAGUUGCAGUAAAAAAAAAUUAUAGGAAUAGUCAAACAAAUCUUUGACUUUAAGGAUUGAAAUGGAACUAUCAGGGAAAAGUGCCAAGCCAUUUUGACUAGCACUGGGAAGGGAUAAGGAUUUGCGAUGGGACAGUAAAAGAAAUGGUGCCCUACCACUAGGAUGGUCGGGGAUUGAAUCCCGACCUGUAGACUGUGAGACCAUCACUCUACCAUCGACCCAGUGGUUGGGUUUGAUUUUAAAGGCCCUUGAUUUUAAAGCUUUGAUCUUGAGUUACAUCAUUGUUUCAGCAUUUAUGGUUUUGGGUGUAGGCAGGUCCAUGGAUUUAUAACCUUGUGGGUGAAAAAGAUCUCCUGGUUUUCUGUCCUUUGUGGCUUGUUAAGCUUGAAGCCAUUGUUCUUUAAAAGUGGUAUAUCUGAUCUUUAAUAUCCUCCAAAUUGUUUAAUAUUUUGAAAAGUUUCAAUGAGAUCAGUCCUGUCAUGCCUGGUUUGCAGUGUUGUUAGCCCUGUGGCUAACAACACUGGGCCCAAUGCUGAAUUUUCUCCAAUGCAGAUAGUUCUUCUGAAAAUGAGUCUCUGUGCAGGCUCUGUCCACGUCAAGUCUUGUGUGUGGCGGUACAGUAGUUCUAAUGUGGGUGCACACAGUUGAAUAACUACCCAUUUUCCUUAACAAAGCAGCUAGCUUCCUGUUCUUGUCAAGGCCACUAGUGGCACUCAGGCAAAUUCAGGUAAAUUUUGUUGUAUAUAUAUUUUGAUAUUUUUAGAUUAAUUCAAAUAAUACAAAAUAUUAAUUUUGGGGAGGAGUCCAACAGUCCAUUUGAAGAAAUAGUUGCUAUAGAUACUGUACUUUUUUUUUUUUUUUUAGAAGGAUGGGCUGAUUAUUUUAUAAAUGAUAAUUUUAAUGAAUGACACAACUCUUGGUUGUGAGAUUAUUUUUUUUUUUUUUUUUUUUUUUUUUUUUUUUUUUUUUUUUU